UGCACCUCCAACCUCUCAAGCACAGCAGCAGGAAAGAAUAGAGAUUGAGAAAAGCAGAGGCAUUCGUUCCAACGUCCUUAGCUGCACGGGCACUAUGUCAACCCCCCUCCGCCCCCGCCCGACCUCCUCCAACGCUCUCCCAUCCUCAGCCUCGUCCACCAACCACCACCACGCGCUCUUCUCAUCCCCACCGCCUCUCCGACCAACCGCCCACCACCCGUUUGAGAACGCUUCCUCGCCGUUGAAGGCUCCUAGUCCGUGUCAUGGACUGAAUGACUGCGGACGGAGGGAGGGUGAUGAUGUGGAACUUUUUGCAAUGUUACCCUUAUCGUCGCCAUGUCGCGGUAGCAGCAAUGGCAGCAGAAGCUCGAUCAGUGAUGUGGGUGUAGGGCAUAAACGCCCGCGGGAGGAACCAGGCUGCGUGUUGCGAGAGAUGGACUGGAAGGAGAACGCAACGGGAUCCGACGAACACAUGGACGGUGCCCCGGAGCUUGCUGAGAACCCUCUGAAUGCACUCCCAGUGUCGCGGCCCGGGUGGCGAAAGUACCCGCUUCACUAUAUGGAACAGGAGAAACCUCCGGCCACGGGAUGGUCGCCGUUGGUGCGCAAGAAGCCGGCGGUAUCGCGGGACUCGAAAACGCUCUUCUCGGGUGCCGCGUGGGCGAGCGGCAAGCAGUUUGCAUUUCCUUUGGCGCCGCAUAGGGCUUUGGUUGGGAGGGAGAUGUUUGGUGGGUCGUUAAGGGGUCGGAUACGACCGUCUUUGAGAAGGUAUCUGACGCACUUAGUGAGCACCGAGCACGAUAUCUACCGGACGGUGGGAGAAGCCGGUGUCGAGGUGCCGCCUUUCGCAUGCGCUUUCAAGAACGACGCGUCAACGAGCAACAUCCUGGCCGUAGCAGAUGAGGACGGCACCAUCGGCCUGAUCAAUGCACAGCACGAUUCUCGUUACGAGUCCCACACCCCACGAACUGAAUGGGCCGCACACCAAAACGCGAUAUUCGACAUCUGCUGGUCCAAUGACGAUCGCCACAUUGUAUCUGCGUCGGGCGACCAGACCGUGCGUGUGUGGGAUGUGGAGACACAGAAAUGCGUGCGCGUGUUUGAGGGGAAUACGUCGAGUGUUAAGUGUGUCACGCGCAAUGAGCGAAAUCCGAAUAUCUUUGCGACGGCAGCCCGAGAUGGUAAAAUCAUGACUUGGGAUGUACGAUGCAGCUCGUUUGGCAAUGAUGAAGUGGCAGGCCAAUACCAUCGACCAACAUGCACCAUCCGCAAUGCGCAUUCGCUCUCGUCGAAUGCCUCGAAAAAGUUGAGGAGGUUGACGACGACACCUGCCCAGUCGGGCCAAUCGCAGAGUGUAACGGGAGUGAGAUUUAUACCCAAUGUGGAGACGAUGUUGGUGUCUUCGGGUGCUGCUGAUGGGCUAUUGAAGAUAUGGGACAUGCGGAAUGCGGUGUCGUAUUCGAGGAAGGACCCGCCGGUCCCGUAUGCAAGUUCCUCGCCUUCUGCAGGGUCCAAGCGCGCUAGAGGGUUUUCAUCGUUCAGCGUAAGCGCUGACGGAAGCCGGAUCUACGCCGCCUGCACAGACAAUAACAUCCACGCCUACGACGCCCAAAACCUCGGCUCUCCCCUCCGCACCUACUCUGCCUCCGGGUUCCGUGUCAGCACCUUCUACAUCAAGACAGCCCUCUCGCCCGACGACACCUUCCUCGCGGCGGGUUCGUCCGACCAUAAUAUCUAUGUCUGGGAGCUGGAUGCGGGAGAGGAUCGGCCGCCUUUGGUAUUGAGGGCGCAUACGGGGGAGGUUACCGCUGUGAGUUGGUGUGGUGGGGAUUUCGGGAAGCUCGCAUCAUGCGCCGACGACGCCACCAUCCGGCUCUGGAACGCCGACCUGGCCUAUGACGAAACCAAGCAAGACCCAGCCUACAAAUCCCAGCGCGGGGUGGCCGAGGAAGGCCAACUGCGGAAAAUCUUCUCCGUGCUCGAUUCCAGUAGCUAUACCCUCGACCCGCAGCAGAGGCGGAGAGCGUCGCCUGAGGAUGAUGCUGUGACGCCGGUGCGGAGGAGGGAUGAGAAUGAUGAGGACGGACCCGGGGACGGGGAGGUGGACGAGGAUGCCGAAAAUGUGCCACCGGUGCUACCGAUGGCGGGGCAGGGGUCUCUGGGUGCUGUGCCUUUGCCUGUACUGCGGCCGCUAGGGAUCAUACAGGCCGGAGAUGUAGCCGGCAUGACGACUAUAGCAACAACGCCAGCAGCGAACACGACGACGCCACGACGAGCUCCUGGCACCGGCAGUAGCGGCGGUAGCAGUGGGGUUUCAUCGACGCGACGGCCCACAUCAACAUCGGCGUUGAGACCGCGGUCCAUUGCGGAGUAUUUUGCCCCGCCCAAUUCCUGAGCGAUAACGCUUGGCUGAAUCCCAUACAUCAAAGAGACUGGGGCGCGAGCUCUUCUGUAAAUACGUAGCACUUUCUUUCAUGGCCGGACACGGGGACACACUGUACAGAACACACCGGCGGUCAUACCCCCCGCAAGUAUCGGGGAGAAACGGCGCCUGAGGCCAGUAGAAUUCAUACAUACCUUUUCGUUGUGGGAUGAUUUUGUCGUCCGUACAAUAUACACCCAAACAAGG